AUUUAAUUUGGCUAGAUUAGUAAUUAGCCCUUAAAUUAAAAAAACAUAAAACAAAAAUAUAGAAUCUACCCCCUAUUUUUGUUAAUGUAGCCUGCGUUUUGGUAAUUUUGUGAUCAGCGUAGAUUCGAAUUAAUUAGACGGCCGGAUGAUUGUACACCAAGUUCCUUCACACGGUUCACGACCAUCCAAGAAAUUCCCCAUUCGACGUUUGAUUUCUGAGUAAGUUGGUUCAUCUUUCUUAAAGCUUCCUUUACUUUACUCAUAUUCACACCCUCCCUAGUCGCCACUCAUCAAUCUUCCUUGCUAAAUUUCUGCGAGUGAGCGACACAGGGUAUCAUAGUGAUCAGUGAUGUGGGUAGAGAUCAUAUUUGGUCUGGUGAUCUAUCGCUUGGUACGCCGUUUCUUCUCCGAUGAGGAAGAGCACAUUGAUUUUGGUUCCAGCGGUUCCAAUGCACUCUUCGCCGUCGCCGAUAGGCUUCAAGCUCUGUAUGGUGGCAAAGCUUAUGUCGGGCUUCGUAUUCCAGACCCUGAUACUGCUUCUCGACAGAAUAUUGAUUUGGUCCUCGUCACCAAAGGGGAAGCGGUGGUUGUUUCUGUGAUAAAUGCAUCUGGAAUUGUAUCUGUUGAUGGGGAUGGAACUUGGGUUUGCACCGGUGGUUCCAAGCACAAAACAGAGCGCCUUCCGGAUCCGAUUGUGGAGGCCAAAAGACAAGUUGCAGUUCUUGAGUCUUAUCUUGAACAAAGGGGAAUCACUCUCCCAGAUGGAUAUUUGUCAUUCAAGAUUGUGUGCCCUAACCCAGACUUUCGCACCAUUCAUUUAGAUUACUUUCCACCUGAAGUUGUGACACAUGAACAAUGGUCAGAAUUAAAACCAGAAAAAAAGAGUAUAUCUGGCUGGAUUAAGGGUGCUUUACCUUUACGUAGUGAUAAAAAAGAAAUGCAGGAAUCUUUUCAACAGAAUCUUGGUUUUAUUAUCAGCACUGCUCCAAUGUGGGAUAGGUUGGAGCUAAAAAACAACAAGCAUUUGUUAGGAGAAUUUAUGGAAUUCAAAGGGAAGCAAGAUGAUAUUGUGCUGUUGAGAAAUAUAAAGAGAUCAAAAGUUAGCAAAAUGAUCAUCCAGAAAACAAGCAUGUUUGGUUUAGCUCAUUCAAAGCUUCAAGUUCUAUAUGCACCACGGGAUUACAGGAGUGAAGGGAAUUCAAGUUUAGAGCUGAAUGAGGUAACAGUGAGAUCAAGUACAGAGGUUUUGUUUCAGCAACAAGACAAUGCUAAACUUCAAAAAAUCAAACUAUCCUCCAUCAUGUCCAUGUCUCUAAGCCCUUAAACAACUUUUCUGUUGUGGUUAAUGUUGAUUUUAACCUUGCUUUGUUUACUUUGAAACUAUGAGUGUAAGAUGCUGUUGCUUGGAGUUGUAGGGGUUUAUAUGUAAAUUACUCUUUGUUUUUGGACCAUG